AUGGAAGCUUUGAACAGAAGCUCCUCCACCACUUCUUCUUCCUCCGACUCCUCCUCUUCCGACUCCAACCAUAGGAACCCCAACAAUCCCCACAGAAUCAAAGGCCCAUGGAGCGCUGAGGAGGAUCGGAUCCUCACCCGCCUCGUCGACCGAUACGGUGCCCGCAACUGGUCCCUCAUCAGCCGCUACAUUAAGGGCAGGUCCGGAAAGUCCUGCCGCCUGCGGUGGUGCAACCAGCUCAGCCCCGCCGUCGAGCACCGCCCCUUCUCCGCCCAAGAGGACGACACCAUCAUCGCCGCCCACGCCCAGUACGGUAACAGAUGGGCCACCAUUGCCCGAAUGCUACCGGGCCGAACCGAUAACGCCGUUAAGAACCACUGGAACUCCACGCUCAAGCGCAGAGCCAAGGCUUUCAUUAACAUUAACGGAAACAAUGGCAACAACGAAGGGGCCGCUUCUUCUUCCGCUCCUUCUCGUUCCUUCGAGGACGACCCGUUGACCGCGUUGACUCUCGCUCCCCCAGGUAUCGCCAACGCCGCCGUUGCCGAGGACGCUGUGCCGGACCACGGUGCCUCGCCGGAGAGUGCGCCGGCGGGGUUUUGGGAUAUGAUGAGAGAUGUGAUCGCUAGGGAAGUGAGGGAAUAUGUGUCUUCCAAUUUUUCUGAUAACUCGGGUUUUCAUUAA